AUGAGAGCAAUAUUUGAAGAUGAUGCUACAGACUGUGUUCUGUUGGUAGACGCAAGUAAUGCGUUCAAUGCUUUGAACCGUCGAGUUGCUUUGCACAAUGCUCGCAUACUAUGCCCUAUUAUUGCAACAGCUUUAAUUAACACCUACAGAGUUGACAUAUUGAUGUAUGUGAUUGGAGGAGAGACUAUACAGUCAACUGAAGGUACUACACAGGGUGACCCUCUGGCCAUGUCAAUGUAUGCAAUUGGCAUUAGUCCUCUCAUCACCAAAGUUAUGGGUACGUGCAAGCAAGUUUGGUUUGCUGAUGAUGCUACUGGGGCAGGAUCCAUUAAGAAUGUGAGAAAAUGGUGGGAUGCUAUUACAGAGCAUGGACCAGAAUUUGGCUAUUUUGCUAAUGCUAACAAAACAUGGCUGAUCGUGAAAAAGAACAAGCAGGAGCAGGCAAGAGAUAUUUUUGGAGACACUUCUGUUCAGAUAACAACAUCAGGGAAGAGGCACCUUGGUGCUGCUCUUGGUAGUUCAUUCUUUGUUGAAGAAUAUGUCAGCAGAAAGGUAGAUAAAUGGGUCAUGCAAGUAAAACGCUUGUCAGAGAUUGCAUUAACACAACCACAUGUUGCUUAUUCUGCAUUUACUUAUGGCUUGGCAUGUCAAUGGUCAUACAUAUCAAGAACUGUCGAAAACAUCUCUUCCAUGAUGCAGCCGCUUGAGGAAGCCAUUCGUGAUUAUUUCAUUUCUGCCAUAACUGGCCAGCAACAUUGUAGCCAAGACGUGAGAGAUUUGUUGGCUCUACCUUGUCGACUUGGAGGUUUAAACUUGACUAAUCCAACUCACACGUCCGAUGUUGAGUUCAAGUCUUCCUGUCGUAUCACAGCACCAUUAGCAGCUCUCAUAAUACAACAAGAACAGUGCUACAAUGUGGCUGUCGAAGCUGUUCAGAAAGAAAAAUCUGCCACAAAAUUUGAAAAACGGGCUUCUCAGAAACAAGCUUUAGUAGAAAUAGAAGCUAAUUGCCCAGCAUCUAUGAAACGAUGCGUUGAACUUGCCUCUGCAAAGGGUGCAUCAAAUUGGCUAUCCGUUUUACCGGUUGAAGAACAUGGUUUUCAUUUGAGCAAAGGAGAUUUUCGUGAUGCUUUAUGCAUGCGCUAUGGUUGGAUGUUACCAAAUCUACCUUCAAAAUGUGUCUGUGGAUCUGCUUUCAACGUUGACCAUGCAAUGGUACGUUCUAAAGGUGGCUUUUCAACGCUAAGGCACAAUGAAAUUAGGGAUAUAACUGCCAAUCUUUUGACUGAAGUGUGUCAUGAUGUAGCGAUAGAACCGAUGUUACAACCUCUGACUGGAGAAAAGUUUUAGAAGAAAACAGCGAACAUGUCUGACGAGGCUAGACUUGAUCUUUCAGCGAGAGGAGUCUGGACAAAAGGAGACCAUGCAUUUUUUGAUGUAAGGGUAUUUUACCCAAACGCGCGCUCCAAUAGUCAAGGCUCUUUGAGAUCAGCAUUCAACAUCCAUGAAUGUGGAAAAAAACGUGAAUAUGUGCAUCGAGUACUGGAAGUGGAACAUGCCAGCUUCACUCUGUUGGUUUUUCCUCUACCAGUGGCAUGGGCUCUGAAACUUCCACCUUCUACAAACAUCUUGCCAGUUUAAUUGCCAACAAAACUGAAAAGAAAUAUAGUUCAGUGAUGGAACUUCUGAGAUGUUGGAUCAGCUUUUCUCUAAUAAGAUCUUCUGUUUUGUGCAUUCGCGGAAGUAGAUCAGCCAAGCACAGGCCUCUAAAAUGUCAUGACAUGGAUUUAAUCAACAGUGAGGCUUGCCUCACUAAGUAGAUUGUGACGUUGACUUAAGUGGGUUUGUUUAAUUGAAUAGGUUGAUAUAGUGUUGUGUUGAGUGCCGUUGUAGUGGCUUUUGUAGUAUGGGCAUUACCGGUGGAUGCUUUUUAGUUUAGUUUGUUGACUAUUUACUUUGUUGAAAU